AUGGGGCUUCUGGCUGGCAGGGAGGCUCGAUGUCUUCUUCAGUUUGAGACACUGCUGGACAGUGCUCUGCGUGGCCGGCUCUCAACAGAGGAGAAGCUGAGCUUUGGCCUCAUCUGUGCUGCCCUGGGCAGCCAAGACCCCAGACCUGGAGCUCGCCACAUCUUUAUACAGAACAUCAGCAAAAUGAAAAGCAUGAACAGCCAAAAAGGCCUCAAUGAUGCUAGUUUUCUCGAGGGAAACUCCGAAUCCUCUGCAACUUGGAGUGGCCCGCCUUCGGAGUGGGCUGGCCAGCUGAAGGUUCUUUCGAACCAAGACUUUGUCGGGCAGUAUGGGCAAAGGUCAUUGAACACCCAUGACCCCACCUGGGAUGAUUGUCAGCAACUUUUACAGGCUCUGUUCACAUCCGAGGAAUGAGAAAGAAUUAGAAGACACGCUAUUCGGUCAGUGCUGAGGGGAACUGAGGGGCUUGUUGACGACCAACAACAACAGGCCCGAGUUGAAGCACAACUCCCCAUCUCCCAUCCCAAAUGGGAAUCGAAUUCCACCGGAGGUAGGGAAGCUCUUCACAACUACAGUCAGCAUCUCCUGGCCGGCCUUAGGGGAGCUGCUCGCAAGCCUACCAAUUUGAGCAAGGUAAGCGAGGUCCUACAAGGGCCUGAGGAAUCCCCCUCGGCCUUCCUGGAGCGUUUACUGGAGGCAUAUUGUACGUACACUCCAAUUGACCCAGAUGCUCCAGCGAACAGGCAGGCAAUUAAUCUGGCUUUUGUAACUCAGUCAGCCCCAGAUAUUAAGAAAAAAUUACAGAGAAUUGAGGGCUUUGAAGGAGAGAAUAGGGAAAAAUUGAUAAGUGUAGCAAUGAAGGUGUUCACAAACAGGGAUCCACUCGAAGAUAGAAUAACUAAAAAGAUGGCAAGGGCAAGUAUAAUGAUGAUGGCAGAAGAAGGUUUUAUACAGAAGGGGAGAAAAAUGAAAUGGGGAAAUAAGGAAAAGAGAUGGCCUCCUGUAGAUAAAGAUCAGUGUGCAUAUUGCAAAUAAAGAGGGCAUUACAGGAAAGACUGUGAAAAAUGGAAAAAGAAAAAGGAACUAGAAAAGAAACCAGAAACGAAAACGGGAGGAAUCUUUUUCACAGGGGAAGAAGAAGAUUGACAGAGCCAUGGCUCAUGGCCGCUUAACCCUGAUGAGCCUAUGGUAACUUUGGGAAUAGGGGGAACAGAUGUUAAGUUUCUUGUAGACACUGGAGCGGCCCAUUCAGUCCUCAAAGCUCCCCUUGGAGCACUUUCCUCCAUGAUGUCUUC